UUCUACGUCAACGAAAGUUCUUAACCAACUUUGGUGAGAAAUUUCCUUACGUCAUAUCUCAAUAAACUUUCCUUUUUUCUUUAAUUUCCUUAAUUUUCACACCUCUAUAUAUACCACAUGCCUUUCUCUCUCUUUUUGGUCCAUGUCAAAAAUCCACAACUUUCAAGAAAAACCCUUCAAAAAACACAGAGGAAAUUAAAUCAAAAUUAAAAUAGGAAAGCUUAAGAUCGAAGCUAAAAUGGAAGUCGAAAACUCGAAGUGGGUUCGAGGCAAGAUGAUUGGAAAGGGAAGUUACGGUUCAGUUUGCGUCGGAAUAAGAGAAUCCGACGGUGGUCGUUUCGCGGUGAAAACAGCUUCAAAACAAUCUCUUCAAAGCCUGGAAUCUUUAGAGAACGAGAUUAAAAUUCUCCGUUCUCUUUCCUCAUCUUCUCCGUUUAUCGUUGAGUAUUACGGCGACGAUGAAACGACGUCGCACAGGAAUCUACACUUGGAGUAUCUCCCCGGAGGUGACGUGGCGAGAAUCGGCGGUGUUGACGUGGAGUUAAUCCGAUCGUACGCGUGGUGCUUGGUGAAGGCGUUGAAGGAGGUUCAUUCAAAAGGUGUUGUUCAUUGUGAUAUCAAGGGUAGUAAUGUUUUAGCGGGGCCCACUCAUGGUGUCGUGAAACUCGCUGAUUUCGGGUCGUCAAAAUUUGUUAAUGAUCAAGAAUUUCAAGAUCAAAGGUGUAAGAUUGUGUCACGUGGGAGUCCGCUCUGGAUGGCACCCGAAGCCGUCCGCGGAGAAGCGCAGGGGUUCGAGUCUGACAUAUGGUCAUAUGGAUGUACUGUGAUUGAGAUGUUCACCGGAGUGCCAGCGUGGCAAGAUAAUGGCGCUCGUACUUUGUUUAAAAUCGGGUAUUCGAGUGAAUUACCCGAAUACCCGAAAAAUGUCUCCGAACUCGGAAGGGAUUUCUUGGACAAGUGCUUGAAUCGCAACCCGGAACAACGCUGGAGCUGUGAUCAGCUACUUCAACACCCAUUUUUAGUUCCUGUAACUGUUUCCAAGAUUACAGAGUCUACUCCUAGAAGUAUCCUUGAUUGGAACAAUCUUGAUUUCUCUGAUGACGAAGAAGAAUCAACGCCUUCGUCGUUGUUGUCGUCGUGGUGUGAUGGAUUAUUCGAAGGGGAAUCCUCGGCGAGGGAUAGGGUGGGUAAAUUAGCGAGCACGGUGAUGGUAAAUUGGGAAAGUGACGGUUGGGAGGAGGUAAGAUGUUUAAGGAGCAAGAAAGAAGAGGAGGUUUCGGAGGGGACAAGUUCGGAAUAUUCUGAUUUUGAAGGGGUAAGUUGGACGAUUCCAACGUGGAUAAAUUUAAGUUCAAGUUCUAAUGAUGAUAAUGAUGAGAGAAGUAGUAGUGUUAGCGGUGCGGAUGGCGGCGGUGGACGGUGCGGUCACGGUGAUUCAUGUGGUGGUGGGGAUAUGAUUGAUAGUAAUAGUAAUAAUAAUAUUGAUGAAAGAGAAGAAAUAUUGUUAUUUUUAAAAUCAGUAUUAUUUUUAUUAGUUGUAUUGUACUCUUUUACAAGAAAUACUCGUAAUAAAAGUAUGAGGAAAUAUGAUUACUUGUUUGUUAUUUUUAUUUUCUUGUCAAGUUGGAGUUAUGGAGCAAGUAGUAGUAAUAAUUUUCGUUAUAAUAAAUGAGUUUACUAAUCAAAAAGUCAA